CCACAAUUGUAUUUCCUUUAGCCCUAGCGCGAAACAGCCAGUCCCUUCCAUUCCAUCGACACAAUUUUUGCGGUUUAUUCAAAGCUCGCCUUCUUCUCCGUCCGAAUCUCCGCGUUUCUGCUCUCCUGCUUAGUCUCCGCCUCCGUUGCCUGCAUUCUGAGUUGUUGACGGUUCAUGUGCGAGGUCUCCUGCUGAAUUGGGGAGUUAAAGAAAAUGGACUUUGAUGAGUAUGACUACUUGGAGAAGACUGUUGAAAACCCUGAGCCUGAAAUGGUGAAGGAAACUGCUAACGGAAGUGAGACAGUCAAAUCUGGAGAGAAGGAUCGUAGUCGGGGUUCGAAGCACAAAAGUGACGAGAGGGAGGAUGGUGAUGAUGAUGAAAACCAUCGCUCAAAGCGAUCAAAAUCAAGAGAUGAUACACGCGACAAUGAUCGUCACAGAGAAAGAGGUUCGUCCCAACACCGGUCUGGAUCUAGAGAUAGAGAGAAGGACCGCCACCGGAGUAGCCGUGAAAGCAGAGAUAAGGAGAAAGGCAGGGAUAGGGAGGAACGCAAUGGGAAGGAUAGAGACCGAGAACGUGAGAGGGAUCGAGAUCGUGACAGGAAGGAACGUGACAGGGAGAGGGAGAAAGAGAGUGAAAAGGAGCGAUCGCAUCGAAGUGGGAGUCGAUCAGAAAGAGAGAAGAGUAAGGAAAGGGAGCGAGGUGAUUUUAAAGAACGUGAAAGAGAACCUAGGUAACUUUUGUUUUAUGUUCUUGACACAUACUUAAUGAUUUUCUUCUUGGCAUUGGAUUCUCCAUUAUAAAGUUAUACUACAUUAUAUUCAUAUUCACUGGUUUGUGAGUAAGUGCACCUACCCCCUUCGUUUCUAGGCCUGCUACCUUAGUUGUGAACUUAUCAGUCCCUUGGGGUUUCCCCAGGCAAGCUGUUAGUCAGUGGGGUGCCUUUUAGAAUAGAAAUAUCUGCAUUGGGCAACUUGAUUUUGCACAUUAUUAGUUAUCAUCGUUGAAGUUUAAAUUAACAACAUUUCUGUAGUUUUAUGAGAAUUAGAACCAACAUCUCCCUAGCAUAUGCCCUUUAGUAUUUUUUGAAUUGCCUCAUUACCUUCUGAUUAUGGCUACAGCCCUCUGUGUGUACAAACCAUGGGACCUGCGCCUAUUUCUUGGCCCAGCUAGAUGAUAUAUUGAUGGGAUCAUGGUCCGUGUCAGGGUUUUGUUUCUUUGUCUUAGGUGUUCUGGGUAAUAUGUUUGUCUCUACAUCCCAUUAUAUAAAACAACUACGUUUGUCUCUACAUCUCUCACUAGCAACUCUCCUGUUUCUUGUGCUCUAAAGUGCUAUGAAAAUUCUGAAUAUUGAACACUAGAUUCUGGGAAUCGCAGAUAUGCUAGAGCACUUCAGAUGGUCUUCUUGGCAAUUGGGCUAGGCACAGGAAGUCAGGGCAUGGGUUUUAAAUGUCUCUCCUAGACUGUCUCGAAAGAUAAAUAAGCUUGUUUUGCAAGAGUGAGAGUUAUUGGAUGUUUCUACCAGGGUGAUGAUGCCAUGUAAUGUUUUCCAUUAUCAUCCUUGUGGAAACUGAGAUGCUUAAUUACAUUUCUUCUGUUGCAGAAAUGCUGGUGAGGGAGUGAUGGGCUUUGCUUAAGGCAAACAAUUCAUCUUCUGAUGCUUGUGGAAAUUCAGUGUUGACUGGGCUGCAAAAAUGGCCUAAAAUUGUCAUGUGCAAUAUAGAUAACAUAGAAAGAAUCAAGCUUUUAGAAUUUUGUUGUUAUAGGCUGUAGAUGCCCAACAGUCUUGCAUGUGUCUGUUCCCUUCUCAUGGUUUUGUGCUGCUGGAUGCACCUUGCACUCUCUCUGGUCUCAUCUUUUUUCUGUCAUCAUUUAUUCGGUUGCUAAUCCCCUUUAAAACUUGAUAAUCCAUUUAAAUGCAUGGAAAUGUUUUCAAUUAUCUUCGUGCUGGUGGUGUCGAGAGUCUUAGAUUUCAUUUUUUUAUUUCCUUUUUACAGUUGUGUUUGAUCUCAAUUUAAUGCACACAGGAUUUGUGUUCGAACUGUUAGUUUUGUUUACUACCCUCUUUGUUCCUAUCCAGACAGUAUUGAGGUGCUUUUUUCUGUUAAUGUCAUAUCUCUACUACUUUGGAUACAAGUUAUUAACAGUUUUCAAACCAAUGCAAUUAGGUCCUUUCGUAUGACAAUUUGCCAUUGAUACAACUUGAUGGUGCUCUGUCCCUAUAAGAUUAUGUUAUUAUAGAAGGUACAAAUUUAUUUAUCCAUCACUAGACGUUGCACUUUGUAAUGACUGCUUGACCCAAGAUUACCGAUUCGUUUCCAGGUGGUUGUCACUAGAUUGUCAAGGGGCAUAUCUGGUAGCAAUUGCCAGUUCAGUCAUGUUUUCUUCUCUCCAUCUGCUAUCAUCUCUUGGAAUUGACAUUUGAUGCAGUGAAUAAUUCUUCACCCGUGUCCAUUUACCAGCUGUUUCCUCAGUAACAAAAAUGAGAUUUGGGGUCACAAUUUGCUGGCUGUUGGUUUAUUUUGCUAACAACCUGGUACCUUUGUUGAUGUUUGUGCCUAACCUGUUAACAUAUUUUUCUUGCAGAAGGAAGAAGGAGGAUGGUACUGAGCCGGAGGCUGACCCUGAGCGGGAUCAGAGGACUGUAUUUGCUUAUCAGAUAUGUUUAAAGGCUGAUGAAAGAGAUGUCUAUGAGUUCUUUUCAAGGGCUGGAAAGGUACGAGAUGUUCGACUCAUCAUGGAUCGGAAUUCAAGGCGGUCUAAGGGAGUCGGGUACAUUGAAUUCUAUGAUGUGAUGUCAGUUCCUAUGGCAAUUGCACUGUCCGGCCAGCCUCUUCGUGGCGUACCUGUGAUGGUGAAGCCCUCUGAAGCUGAAAAGAAUCUUGUUCAGUCGACCACAGCUGCUGUUGUCGGACCAGGUGGAGGGAUAGGUCCUUAUUCAGGAGGGGCUAGAAGGUUAUAUGUUGGCAACCUUCACUUCAACAUAACAGAAGAUCAACUUCGUCAGGUUUUUGAACCAUUUGGUGCUGUAGAGUUGGUUCAACUGCCUGUUGAUGAAACUGGACAUUGCAAAGGCUUUGGUUUUGUUCAGUUUGCACGUCUUGAAGAUGCUAGAAAUGCCCUUAAUUUGAACGGACAAGUGGAGAUUGCUGGUCGGCCUAUAAAGGUGUCAUCUGUCACUGAUCAAACUGGUCAAGAGGGUGGGACGAAUGCUGCUGAUUUUGAUGAUGAUGAAGGCGGUGGUUUGGCACUAAAUGCACGUUCUCGUGCAAUGUUGAUGCAAAAGUUAGAUCGCAGUGGCACUGCUGCAAGCAUUGGUGGGAAUCCGGCCAUUGGUACUGGGAUGACAUUACCUGCUGCACCCGCAUUGGGGCCUGGUGUGGUCCCUCAGACUGUUGCAUCUCUUCUACCAAAUGGGCUACCUGGUGCGGGUCUACAAAUCCCUGGUGCUGUGAUUCCUACAAUUGAUACGAUUGGUGUUCCGAGUGAAUGUUUAUUACUGAAGAAUAUGUUUGAUCCCCAAUCAGAGACGGAACCAGACUUUGAUUUAGAUAUCAAAGAAGAUGUUCAAGAGGAAUGCUCGAAGUUUGGAACCUUGAAGCACAUCUUUGUGGACAAGAAUACCAUGGGAUUCGUGUAUCUACGAUUUGAUAACACGCAGGCUGCAAUGAAUGCACAGCACGCACUCCAUGGAAGGUGGUUUGCUGGGAAGAUGAUCACUGCAACAUACAUGGUGCCUCAGAUGUACCAACAGAAGUUCCCUGACAGCAACAGUUAGGAUGAUGGAUCUUAGUCUAGAUUGUGGAACACCAGCAGAUAGCUUGAAGCUCAUGGGUUCAAUCUUAAUGGUAACUGACCGACAGAACCCGGCAAUGAUAUAUGCCCCAAUAUGGGAGUGAAUGCAGGAUGGGUUGCUUAGUGUUCUGUUUUUGAGUUUUGGGGGAGGGUUGAUGGUUUUCGGAUUUAUUAUAGGAAAUUGCUGCAUAGUGAGAUGAUAUGAAGCAAUAGCUGUCCUACUGCAACCAAUGAUUGUUUUAUGUUGUAGGAUUUGUUGUGUAUUUGAGUUACUAUAAUCCAUCAUGUGUAAUUUAUAUGUUUGGGUAUAUUUUUGACACUGUCAGGUCCUAAAAAUCUAAACCAAUCUCAUGAGUUGCGAACUUCCGUUUUGUAAUGUAAACAACGAUUAUUACAAAACCAAAUCAUCUUUCUCUUCUGCGAAUUUGUCUUCUCUCUAUUGCC